AGCAAAGAAAACCACGAUGUUUUUGAAUUGACCUUUUCGAAUAAAUGUUUUUUAAAAAUUCUACUUUUGUGGAAUUAUAUUUUCCAAUUUAUCGUCAUUUCCAUAAUGAAACUUCAACACGUGUGCAUUCUCUUUGCAAUCUCCUUCCUUGUCGAUUCCAAGAAAAGUGUCAAAAUCCCAGAGGAUGUAAAGAAAGGAGAGAAACUGAUUCAAGAAUUGUUGAAAGGAAUCGAAUUAAAAGAUAAGCACAAAAUUGGAGACGUUUUCGAUGAAAAGUUUAUUUAUGAAGGAUGCAAGAAGAAGUAUAACAAAGAUGAAACCAUCACACUGGUCUCUGCAGUAGAUGAACAAAAAGCUUAUAUGAUUGAAAGAAAUACUGAAAUUGUAACAACUGGACCCUAUAAAUUUGCAACUUCUCUUUCUGAUCAAUUCGAUAAAUUGCAAUCAAGUUUCGUUGUUUCAAAGGAUUGGAAGUUAAUUUCUGGAAAGACUACUUCUUGUUGAAUACUUGAAAAUAAAUGAAAUAAUUUUAUC